UGGCAGGUGGCGGGCGGCUCUUAGAAAGGUUAAACUCAAAGUCAGAGGGUGACUAACAAUGAGGGUCUACAGGUUGGGGUGUUUGGGCAAGUUUCCUCAGCUCUAAAAGAAAGUUACCAAUAGAUGACCCUGGAGAUCAUUGCCAGCUCUUAUCUGUGAUCACAUGAAUAAACUUGCUACAAUUUUAUGUGAUUUUAAUGGACAUGGCACUUAAACUGAACAAAUUGUCUGUGAGAUGCCUCGAUGAAUUGUUUCCUAUUUCAAAACAAGGUGCAUUUUUAUUUUUUUUAGCUUUCAAAGUUAAUAAUUAAUCUUACUACUUAGUGACAUUAGUAUUUACCUUUUAUUAAUAAGACUGUAUAAGGGUUUUGACAAAUCUUCGGGGAAGGUCUUGAAGACAUUGAAUAUAUCUGGCUGGUAUGCUUAUUAAGAUUUAUUUAGGAUCAAGUUUUGCUGAUGUCCUUGAAUUCUCUUCAAGAAGGGAGUUCACCAUGUUGGGGGUAUGUGAUAACAGUGAGAAGAGUUCUUCCUCUCCCCUACUCUGACUGAAUCAUGCUUUCCAGUGCUUUUAACUACUUUUCAAAUUAUUAUGAUAAUAAAAUUCUAGCAUAAACAAAUGGAAUGAAUAACCCUUGUGUAGAUAAUGCCAAAAAUAUUAGGUACCGCUAUUACCUUAUUAGGCACCACAUUGUUACCUGAUAAACUUUGAGCCUUACUGUAUUUUGUUUUUAAGUCAGCUCUUGCCCUUUUUGGUAGUGACUGGUAGGUGAAACAAAACCUCAGUCUUAAUUUUCCUGUCUUGAACUCGAAGUAUUAUAGAAUUGUUUGGUUUUUCUUUCAUUUGUAGAUAAUGAAAAAUAUGGUAGCUAUCUAAUUUUAAUCAGGUAAUAAACCCAGUUAAUAAUUUCCCUUUCAUUAGUUCUGACUAGUGGAAAAUCCUAUCAUGUCAUGUAUUUUUGCUUGUAUAACAUUUCAUAUUAUUUUGAAUAUAUGAACAUUUAAAAAUUACCUGUUCUUUAAUGUUUCUGUAGUAACUUGCAGGUGAUUUUAUUUAAUGUUUUCCUUUUAUUCAUCUUCUAAUAUUAGUAGAAAAAUAAAGAAUACGCAGAAGCAAAAAGAAAGUCUGUUUGAAGAAGCUGCAGAAAAUUUGCAUCAGUUAUCGGACAAACUUCCUGCUCCUGGUAGAGCAAUUAUAGAUAUAAUAUUACAACCCUUUGAACAAGAUUCUUCAAAAUUGAAAGACUGUUUACCUGUUAUUGGUGCAUUGAAACACUUGAGGGAGUGGCAUUCAGCAAAAAUUACUAUAGCUGCAAAUAAUUGCAAAGGAAGUUGCCAGAAAAUUGCAACAUAUCUUUCAGCUGAUAUUGUGGCCCUAGAUGACAUAAAACAUGUAAUUGACUGCAAAGAAUUAUGGAGAGGGAAGAUUCAGAUAUGGGAGAGAAAGUUUGGAUCUGAAAUAAAGUUUCCAGAAUUUAGUCUAAGAGGAAUCUCACCAAAAAUUCAAAACUCAUCUUAUUUAAAUACUUCUACCAAGGAGACAGUAAAAUCAAAGGAUAGGAAUGUUUUGCCAGAGGUUUUUCAUUAUUACGGCUCUGUUUUAGAGUUCAUACAGAUGGUGUCAUUGUCAGAUCUCCCAUCAUACUAUAUGUCGGAUGUUGAAUUUGAAUUAGGAUUGACAAGAAACAAUACAAAGGAGAAUUCCAAAUUGCUGUUGGAACAGAUUUCAUCUCUCUGUGGCAAGGUUGGAGCACUCUUUGUUUUACCUUGUAGUGUAAGUAACAUACUUAUUCCACCACCAAGCCAGCUGAGUACAAGGAAAUGGAAGGAGUAUAUAGCAAAAAAGCCCAAAACUAUCACUGUUCCAGAUGUUGAAGUGAAAGGAGAAUGUUCAAGUUAUUAUCUUUUGUUGCAAGGUAAUAACAAUGGGCGAUGUAAAGUGACGUUGAUUUAUUCAGCUAAUCAGAUCAAUGGUUCAGCUGCACUCAACCUAAUUCAUGGAAAUAUGAAAACAAAGCCAGAAGGAAGCUUUCCUAUUGACUUCAUCUGUCCACUACCAUGUUUCUCUGGAGAGCAGGUUGUACAAAGGGAAAAGCAGCUGGCUAAAGUCCAAGAUUUGGCUUUGAAGGAAUAUAUGAGAAGAAAAGAAUCUAUAGAACAGCCAGUUACAAUUUCUACUAAUGAACUCAAUACUUUGUUAUCACUCACAAGAGAACAUUUUUUAGAAUUUUUUGAUGCUAGUAUUCCUAAAACAACUCUUCACACUACUAGAAACAAAAUCAAAACCUCAGAAGUAUUAAGAGAAUCCACAUUUUUGGAAACUAAUCCUUUGGAAUGGCCAGAAAGACAUGUUCUUCAGAACUUGGAAACCUUUGAAAAAGCUAAGCAAAAAUUCAGAAUUCCUAUGCUGUCACGUUCAUCUGAGCAAUUGCUGGGCCAUAAGGAUGGUCAUCGGGAAUCAGUUACAUUAUUAGAUGCAAAAGAACUGCUGAAAUACUUUACACCAGAUGGAUUACCAAUUGGAGAUCUUCAGCCUUUGCAAAUCCAAAAGAGUGAAAAUACUUUUCUUCUGACACCAGAACUUACACCUGGAAAAGUACAAGUCUUACCUUUUGAAAAAGCUUCUGUGUGUCACUAUCAUGGAAUUGAAUACUGUCUGGAUGACCGAAAAGCCUUAGAAAGAGAUGGAGGAUUUUCUGAACUUCAGUCCCGUCUCAUUCGUUAUGAAACUCAGACUACGUGUACAAAAGAGUGUUUCCCUGUACCCUGUGUCUUGAGCCCUCUUCCAUCACCUGCAGUUUUGUCAGAGCCUGGGAGUGUCCCAGAUGGAGAAGCUUUGCAGAGUGAACCAAGAACUGAAGUAUCUAGACUGAAGCGGAGAUCAAAAGAUACAGAUUACUUUUAUCCCACAAAGAGCAGAUUAACAAAAUCUGAAAGCUCUGAUUCACUUCUUUCUCAAGCAAGUGGUAAUAGUGGACUUCAUCAUGCAGUGACAACUACAAGAUCUAACCCACAUCGAUCUUUAUCUGCAACUUGUCCAUCUAUUCAGGCAGCUAGUUCUGAAGUUCGAAAAGUAACUUCAAAGGCAGGUGUAGGUCAGAGAAAUGUACAAGAAUCAGACCCAAAAAGGCAAGCUAAGGAAUCAAGAUCACAGAAACAUACUCGGAUGCUGAAAGAAGUGGUUACUAAAACUCUAAAGAAACACAACAUUUCUGAGGACCAUGGUUGUUUUUCAGCCUGUAGUCAGCGUCUCUUUGAGAUAUCUAAAUUCUAUCUAAAGGAUCUGAAAACUUCAAGAGGUCUGUUUGAAGAAAUGAAGAAAACAGCAAAUAGCAAUGCUAAACAGGUGAUUGAAUGGGUAUUAGAGAAGACGAACAAGAAAUAACAGAUUGAUUCUGUUUGAAUAUAUUGUUAAAUUAUGGGAGGUUAUUUGACAUUCUUCUGUCUCACUGAAGUUCUAAGUUUCAAAUUUGGCUCAAAAAUUUGUUCAAUUUAAGAUUAUUUUAUUUUAUUGACUUCCUUUAAUCCCUACAGAUUUAGGGAUGUUUAGCUAUAUACUUUUAAAUUUAUAUGCAUAUUUAUACUAUUUUUCUGUACUUUAACAAGAGAAAAUAUUUUAUAUGUUUUGUAUAGUUAUUAUUUACAG